AUGACUUCGUCAAGCUCUCUUUCUAGCUUUAACUGCAGGUGGGCGCUGCUGCGAGACAGGCCCCAAUCUCUCAAAAUUCAUCCACACAAGGGCAGCCGUCUCCCUUCCAACAUUCCUCUGCGCACCAUCCAGCCGCGCCAGAACAACGUCGCUUCCGGCCAUCACCAAACGUCGUCUCGGCUCACCUCCUCCGCCGACACUCGACCUGCUGCCGGCCGCCCCCGCAGCCCGUCCUCCGACUCCGAGUCGUCCUGGACCGACACGGGCGAUAUUGGCGAUCGCUACGACGACCUCGACGACCCCGUCCGUCUCCAGCUCCCCGGCGACAUUGAGGCCGAGCUCCUCGCCGCCGUCCCCAAGCAUCGCCAACGUCCCGAUCGUGGCUCCAAAAAGGUCCGCAUCCGCAGUCCAUCGCCAUACAGUCGCCAUCGCUCCCCGUCCCGCCAUCAUCACAUUGACAAGGACGCCAUACGCGUCCCCAAUCCGCGGCCACGACCGCCCUCUCGCGCAGAACGCUGCAUCGGCUCCAUCAUGGCAGGUCGUACCGGCGGCCUUCAUGGCCUGACGGGCAAGCCCCUCUUAUAUUUUACCAGCAUUUUUGUCUCAUUAGGUGUAUUUCUCUUUGGCUAUGACCAAGGCGUAAUGUCCGGCAUCAUCACCGGCCCUUACUUUAUCGACUACUUUGGCCACCCCUCCAAGGCCGCAGUCGGAACCAUGGUCGCCAUUCUGGAAAUUGGUGCUUUUAUAUCGUCUCUGAUUGUCGGCCGUCUCGGCGAUGUCAUUGGCCGUAGAAGAACUAUUCUUUACGGCUCCUGCAUCUUCUUCGUUGGCGGUGCUCUCCAGACCAUGGCUACCAGCAUGACCAUGAUGAUGUUUGGUCGUAUCAUCGCUGGCCUUGGUGUCGGUAUGCUGUCUACCAUCGUACCCGUCUACCAGUCCGAGAUCUCGCCGCCGCAUAACCGAGGAAAGCUCGCCUGCAUUGAGUUUUCUGGCAACAUCAUCGGCUACACCACCUCCGUCUGGGUCGACUACGGCUGUGGCUAUAUCAAGAGUAAUUUGUCAUGGCGUAUCCCUUUGUUCAUGCAGUGUGUUAUGGGCGCCUUGCUCGCGCUCGGUAGCUUGAUCAUUGUAGAGUCUCCCAGAUGGCUACUGGAUACCGAUCAAGACGAAGAAGGCAUGGUUGUCAUUGCCAACUUGUAUGGUGGUGGCGAUCUUCACAGCGUCAAGGCCCGCGACGAAUACAAGGAAAUCAAAAUGUCCGUCCUACUGCAACGCCAAGAAGGCGAGCGCACUUAUGCCGACAUGUUUCGACGAUACCGCACUCGGGUUCUCAUUGCCAUGUCCGCUCAGGCCCUCGCGCAGCUCAACGGCAUCAAUGUAAUCUCAUACUACGCACCCUACGUGUUUGAGUCGGCUGGUUGGGUCGGCCACGACGCUAUUCUCAUGACAGGUCUCAACGGUAUUACUUAUUUCCUCUCGACGAUUCCCCCGUGGUAUUUGGUCGAUCGUUGGGGCCGACGGCCUAUUCUGCUUUCUGGCGCCGUCAUGAUGGCCAUUUCACUCUCGCUCAUCUCUUAUUUCAUUUACCUGGAUAUUAAGCGCACCCCCCAAUUGGUGGUUUUAUUCGUCAUGAUCUACAAUGCCGCUUUCGGUUACUCAUGGGGCCCCAUUCCCUGGCUGUACCCUCCCGAGAUUCUGCCUUUGAGCAUUCGAUCCAAGGGUGCCAGUCUAUCCACCGCCACCAACUGGGCAUUCAAUUGGCUGGUCGGUGAGAUGACUCCUAUACUGCAGGAAUGGAUCAAGUGGCGCUUAUACCUCAUCCACGCACUUUCUUGCGUGGUGAGUUUCGUUAUCGUUUACUUUCUCUACCCAGAGACGUGUGGUGUUCGCCUUGAAGAAAUGGAUUCCAUUUUCGGAGAUGCCAGCACUGUUCACGGCGCCGCUUCUGUUCAAGACGAGUCGGCUUCCCUGAUGCGUGCUGGGUCUCCAGUUGGCCGUGAUGGCCUGCCCAGUCUGGUCAUUGACGAUGACGACGACGAUAGAAAAUCACAGAUUCAGACCAGCGGUGGCGAGGAUCGCAGUGUCGGUGCCUGGCUCAAUAGAGUGGUCAGGGGCCGUUCUGACAGCCGUGGCAGCAGCCGCAGUGGUCGCAGCGGGCUCAGCCAGGGCCGAUAUACACCAAUUGGGCAGCAAGAUGAAGCAACUAGGAGCGGUAGCGGAAACAGAAACAGAAACUAG